CUUCCGCAUUACUGUUGUGUGCAGUUGUGAUUGGAAGUGGAGUUUGGUGAACUGCCUACAUAAUAAUGGAAAUAUAGACACUUAUUUGUCUUUUUUUUUCCUUUUACACAAUCUCUUAAGCUUGUAUUUUCUCGUGUAUCCUCAGAAGUUAGAGCCUCAGCUACAAGCUACGAGCCAAACUAGGAGGAAACAAGGUAGCUUUUCAGCUAGCCGCUUAGACAGCUGUCAGUGGCUGCAGGGCAGUUUAAUGGAAAAUGGAUUGCCUCUGUGAAAUAGUUCAAGCUCUCAUUGCUUUAGCAGCUUUAGGUCUAAUUGUGGUACUCAUACUAGCACAUUUAACCGCAGGUGGGAUUAACCUGAAAUGCCACGAGAAGGAGAAAUACUUCCUCACUGCUACAGGAGAGAAAGAGCUUUUUCCCAGCCUGCAUGAUCCCUACUCUAGGGAGCUUUCUGUGGUGAUCCCAGCCUACAAUGAGGAACUCCGAAUGCCCGUGAUGCUGGAUGAAGCCAUGGAGUACUUGGAGAACAGACAGAAACAAAACCCUUCUUUCACCUAUGAGAUUAUUGUGGUUGAUGAUGGCAGCAAAGACAAAACAACAGAGGUUGCUUUACGCUACACUAGGAAGUACAGUGCUGAUAAAGUGAGGGUGCUGACAUUGGUGAAGAACAGGGGAAAAGGAGGAGCUGUGCGGAUGGGAACUCUGAGCUCCAGAGGGAAAGUCAUUCUGAUGGCUGAUGCCGACGGAGCCACAAAGUUUGCUGACAUUGAGAAAGUGGAGGCUGCUCUUAAAGACCUCAAAGCUGGACCGGGAAAUUUAGCCAUUUCAUGUGGUUCCAGAGCUCAUCUAGAAAAGGAGUCUGUAGCUCAGCGCUCUGUGUUUCGUACGUUCCUGAUGUUUGGCUUCCACUUCCUGGUGUGGUUCUUUUGUGUGAGGGGGAUCAGGGACACACAGUGUGGCUUCAAGCUUUUCACACGUGAGGCUGCACUGAAAACCUUCUCCUCGCUCCAUGUGGAACGAUGGGCCUUUGACGUGGAACUACUGUACAUUGCCCAGUGUUUUAAAAUCCCCAUAGCAGAAGUGGCGGUCAACUGGACAGAAAUAGAAGGGUCUAAACUGGUCCCGUUCUGGAGCUGGCUGCAGAUGGGACGAGACCUUGUUUUCAUUCGCCUGCGCUACAUCACAGGAGCCUGGAGACUGCAGUCACCACAUAAAACUGAUUAGCCAAUCAGACAAAGCUUUGUCAUGGAGACAACCUGUGAUAGGGCCAUGGGGCAUUUCAGUGAAUGGGGUUACAACUGUGUCCAUUAGUCACUGUAAUCAGCGGGAAAAAGCCAAGUACCAGUCCUUUGCUUUUCCAGACGUUAUUGGGAGCGACGUAUUGACACAAUUGUGGGGUUCCUCAUGGUCCUGCCUUUUUAUGUGGAUGUUGGCUUGUUUUAGCCACUGUUACAUAUCCAUGUGUUGCCACAGCUUACAGAAUGUCUGUAUGGCUGAUCCAUGUACUGAGUUACUUCAUGUUUUUGUUGUGCCCAAUCUGCUGUAAAUGAGAAAGGCUUGUAGUGCAAAAUGUGGAGGAUCCGAUCAUCUCAUGAUCCUCAGAGGGUGAAUGAUUGUUGACUGUGAGUUGAUGGGCUGGAUGAUUUACAGUAAAAUAAAAUGUUAAAAGUCAA